UCCUCGCUUUGGUCCUUAGGUUGCGAACAUCUAAAAUAUACCUUUUUUGUUGGUUUUUGAGGACAUGGGAGUUUCGCUUCACUUGUUUUUCAUCUGUUUGGUUCUUUUCUUAAAACAAGUUUUAUCCUGCCCAGAUGAUCAAUGCCGUAUCUUAGCAUUUCCAUCCACUCUGUUCUUCGUGGGAGAACGUCUUUUUAACCACACCAUGGCAAACAUCAGUGUGAUUGACAGGGAUACGUGUGAAUAUCGCUGCUACUUAGACCAUAACUGCGUCAGUAUCAACUUUUAUUUUGGACAAAAUGAAGCAGAAACACACAACUGUGAACUGAACAACUCAACGAGUAGAGAACACGAAAAGGAUCUGGUGAAAGCAGCGAACUUCGUGUACCACGGAACAAAGAAUUUUUGUGCUCGAGCUCCAUGUGAAAACAACGCCACCUGUCAGUCAGGAUUCACAAGAAAACGAUAUCGAUGUUUAUGUGCUUCUGGGUUCACGGGUCAAGAUUGCGAAAACGACAUUGACGAAUGUGCUGAAAAUAACCACAACUGUACCCAUGGAAACUCCACUUGUACCAAUACUGAGGGAUCAUUCAUCUGCAUCGAUAAACCUGGAUUCAGCGAGGAUGAACGAGACUGCACAGUCAAGUGUGUUACAAAUGCCAUUUGCCAAAAUAUCGAUGGUUCAUUUGAGUGCAUUUGUAAACCUGGAUUCCGCGGUGAUGGCAACAAAUGUACAGACAUCGACGAAUGUGCUGAAAAUACCCACAACUGCAGCCUUGAAAAUUUCAUUUGUGAAAAUGAAAAGGGAUCAUUCGGGUGUAUUUGUAAACCUGGAUUCAGCGGGAAUGAAAACAACUGCACAGUUGAAGUAAAGCAGUCCACGUGCAGUUCAACUACGAACAAAAUAGAGCAAGGAACAAUAAACACCCCAAAGCAUCCCAAGAACUAUGGAAAACAUACUAGUUGUAGUUGGGUCAUCACCUCAUCACUUCGGAUUAACCUGGUUUUUAGAUACUUCCACUUGGAGAAAUAUUAUGAUUUUCUUUACGUUUACGACGGAAAAUCCGCCAGUUCCAGACGGAUUGGCAAGUUUUCUGGACGCCAUACUAAUAAAGUCAUUAAAAGCUCGGGAAACCACCUCUAUUUAGAGUUCACCUCUGACUACAGUAUUAACAAAAAAGGAUUCUUAAUAGCUUAUAAAGCCAUGAUCUAACAAAGUCUUUUGGAGAAGUCACUGUCAUCUUGUCGAGGGAAAGGGAGGUGUGGAGGCCAAUGGCAUCGCCCAACACCGAGCAAGAAGAUUCGACCAGAUAAUCGUGUCUGAAUUUGUAGUCUUAAUUUCAACAGAUUAAUUUCUUUAGCUUUAAAAAGUAUUAGAGAUCGGCUUCCCCGAACAUCCGCAGAGUUGAUUUUAAAUUCUAUUGACCUCCUAUUUGGAAGUUAAUUUUAUUGAUGAAAUAUCCUCUCCGUCCGCUUUUAUGCGUUUUAUCUCAGGAAAUCAGAUCGAUGUAACGCUUUUUACCGAAGUCUUGUAACACGUACUUUCGUUUGAGAGACUUAACUUCGGAGUAACUUGCGUGAAACUGGAAUAUCCUAAGGCGAGAACUAAUACACUCCUUCUCUUCAUCGUGCCAUUUUCUUUUAGUAAUUUGAGAAUGGUUAUCCCAGCCCAAUUUGAGAACCAAGAGGAAAGUCUAACCGCCAUUCUUGUAAUUGGCCCUAAGGACAUCCACACCACCAACAUGGGCAGUAAGCGAUUCCUAAAAUAAUACGGGAUCAUAGUUAAUAGAGGGUCCCCUCUACUAACUAUGGCGGGAUGAAGUGAAAUGAGGUCAGAAAUUAUGGGUAUAUGAGUUGUUGAUUUUGUAAGAUUGUUUAGUGUUGAAAAAGUUAUAUUUUUUUUUAGGCUAAUGAGGCAGCAAAGACGUACGUCCAGGCAACUGGCUAUGUAACGUUUGAUGUAGAGAACAAGAAGGCAAAAGAAUAUAACAUUCUUCCACAAAAUAUUCGAAGCACAAACGAUAUUUUAAGUUUUAAAAGGAAAGUGGCCCAUUUCAUUACAAACUCUUCUUAAAUGGCUCCUUUAACCUUUUGACACCUUUAUAUAAACUUAUGUUAGUUAUCAUCGUUAGUUUAUUUUAUUUUAUUUGUUAUCAUUAUUUAUUAUUUA